UUUAAAAAAAUAAUCAAGUUUGAUUUUCCGGUGUUUUGGUUCACAGAAUUGAUAAUAUUAUAUAUUUGUAAAUUGUGUUUCCGCUUUCCACGUCGAAAAUAGUAAAAUUGUGUAGUUGUAUUUAAAUAUCACUUUUAUUAUUAAGGAUUAUAUAUUAUUUGAUUAAACUUACCUAUUUCUUUUUGGAAAGACUAGUUUUUAGGUACAUUAUGAGGAAGCUUAAGGGACCAGUUAAAGAAACAGCAAGACAAAAACGUGAAAGGAAACAAGAAUUUGCUAAAGUUCGUCAGCAAAUUAAUACAAUAGUUCUUCCAACUGUAGCUGUCGUUUUUAUAUUAAUAUGUGUCUACGUGUAUGUGAAAACGAGGCCAACAACGAUGCAGGUGGCGUAAAUUGUUAACUUUGUAAACAUUUAAGUAAAUUUAUUAAAAUCUUACUAUGGUUGUGAAAUUUACAUUUGUAUAGAUGAUAUUGUGAUUAUCGUUUAUUUAUUACAUUCCAACAUAUCACAGACCCCAAAAUAAUAGUAUGUAAUAUUGUUAUUGCAGGAAUAAAUGUAUUUAUCAGUAUUUUA